AAUUUCUGUAUUUAUCAUAUUUAUCUUCUAAAAUUAAAAUGUCAAGCAAAUAUUCUUAAUAGAUAAUUUCUAUAUUAAUCAUAUUUAUCUUCUAAAAUUAAAACGUAAAACAUACAUAUAAGUAAUAUAGAAAUUAAACCUUUAAAAGUUAUCUAUAACUUUUUCGAAGAAAGAAAAAAAAACUAUAUUAUUUAGGAAUUAUAAAAAUCUUCUAUAUAAACCCACAUUAACCCUAUCAUUUCUCUCACAAACUUCGUUGAUCCCAAAUUUGACAUACCUCUCUCACGCUUUUGCUUAUCGUAAUUCAGAACUCUCGGUAAGUUAUGAUUAAUAGUUUUGGAUCAUUGAUUUUGCUUUAAUUUAGUUUAUAUUAGGUGUUGUUUUUAUUUAAUUUUUGUUAUGUGUUGGUUUUUAGUUAGUAUUUAAUAUUUAUGUUUUGAAUUUUUUUAAUAUUUCAAUUUUGAACAAUAUUAUAGAAGUUAUUUCAAUUCUCUGGUCUGUGAAGUUGUUGUUGGGUGGAUAAAAAAAAUGGAGGGGAUUAUUACUCAACAUACACCUCGAACUGUGGAAGAGGUCUUUAGCGACUUCAGAGGUCGACGAGCUGGUCUCAUUAAGGCUCUCACUUUCGAUAUGGUGAAGUUUUACCAAACAUGCGAUCCUGAGAAGGAGAACUUGUGUCUGUAUGGACUUCCAAAUGAGACUUGGGAGGUUAAUCUCCCCGUUGAGGAAGUUCCUCCUGAGCUUCCUGAACCUGCUCUAGGCAUCAAUUUCGCUAGAGACGGCAUGCAAGAAAAAGACUGGGUUUCUUUGGUCGCUGUUCACAGUGAUUCCUGGCUGCUUUCGGUUGCCUUCUACUUUGGCGCACGUUUCGGGUUUGGCAAGAAUGAGAGUGAAUUGAUUCCUUAACUCUUCCAGAUGAUAAACGAUCUUCCAACCAUUUUCGAGGUUGUGACAGGCAAUGCAAAGCAAUCCAAAGAUCAUUCUGGUACCAACAACAACAAUAGCAAAAGCAAACCUAGUGGCUUGAAGGUUUCGAAGAUGAUGUCAUCUCCACCGCCUAAAGAAGAAGAUGAGAGUGAAGACGAGGAGGAGGAGGAACAAGGUGCGGUUUGUGGCGCUUGUGGAGACAGCUACGGUACAGAUGAGUUUUGGAUAUGCUGCGACGCGUGUGAGAAAUGGUUCCAUGGAAAAUGUGUGAAGAUAACACCUGCUAAAGCAGAGCACAUCAAGCACCACAAAUGCCCCAGUUGCACUAACAAGAGAGCCAGACCUUGAUGUCAUAUAAACAAAAAAAGCAGAUAAUUGGGUUUUAGAAGAUGUAAGAUGAUAAAAAUAUACGUUUCUUUUUUUAAUUGUUUAGUUUUCAUUAUGAAUUGAAAAUAUGUACAAUUGGUAAUGCCUUUCUUUUUUUUUCUGGAUUUUUGUUGUUGUUUAUGUCAAUGCUACUACUAAUUUGCAUGUUUG